GCAGUGCUCACGGGUCAAAUCUGGCUCAGUACUCAGGUUGAAAGAAAAUGAGCGCAGAUAAGAAGGUUACAUUUGUGGAGCCAUUGGAGGUGACUGGAAGUUAUAUAUUAGGGAUGGGAAGAAAGACAACAGAAGAAGAAGAAGCUUUGAAUGACUUUGCUCUAAAGUUGGUUAUGAAAAUCAUGGAUUCUGUGACCUCACAUUUCACAGCCAUGAAAACACCAGUUGGUUGCCUACAAAGACUCACACAUGGGGAAUUGACGCAAGAAACUGGCCUUAAUCAUAUUAAUGGGUUGCUGAAGAUGUGGAAUCACAACUUGCACCGCGUGCAUUAUACAGAAUUCCAGGGGAUAAAAGACUUGGGCGACAGCUUUCUCUACCUUUACUGUGUGUACUGGAGCAUGCCGACUGCUCAGAUACCUGUACCCAAAGUCGAAACCUCAAUGGACUUCACCAUCGAGUUCAACAAAAACAAACCUCCGGAGGCACCCGUUGAUAUCUAUUAUAAAAUGGAUCACCAGUCACUAAUUCUAAAACCAGAAAGGACACCACUUCGAGAAAAAUGGUUAAGGGACUUUCUCGUUGCGAAACAUACCUUAUUGGAAUCAGUUCCCAUAACAAGACAUGCGUAUGACCUUAAAAAUGUUAUGUUAACGCCCUCGGCCCAGAUAAAUCCGGAGCCGCUGAGCACGAAUCGGACCCUCUGCGCCUAAAGACUUUGAUUCCAGAGAUGUAACACAUUUGGGCAUCCAGCGCAGCAUCCAAUAGCAAUGCACUGGGACUGCGAACUGGGCUACAACUCUGUGCUGCCGGGGGUGGAUUUUUUUCCUCCCCACCCUGUCUUCCUGCAUGGAAAUCGGCGGGCUGGCGGCACCCACGUGGCAGGCGCCAUCUUCUAGACUCCAAACCCAGAGGUAUUCGGUUUUUACUUUUGGGGUUCCCAGGAACUCAUGGGAAGG